AUGAGCGUCGGCAUCGGGCGCCUUAACCCGGCGUUCGGUUCAUCCCGCAGCGCCAGUUCUGCUUACCAAAAGUCGGACGACCGAUUUGCACGUCAGGACCGCUGCGGGCCUCCACCAGAGUUUCCUCUGGCUUCGCCCUGCCCAGGCAUAGUUCACCAUCUUUCGGGUCCUAUCGCGCGCGCUCAUGCUCCACCUCCCCGACGGAGCGGGCGAGACGGGCCGGUGGUGCGCCCGGAGCCCCGGGGGGCCGGGAUCCCACCUCAGGCGGCGCGCGCCGCCCCUCACUUUCAUUGCGCCACGGACGGGUCGGGUGGGUUGCCGACAUCGCCGCAGACCCCUGACGCCUGUGUACGUGGGCCGGUCCCCGCCCUGGGCGACGCGACGCGGUCGGGGCGCACUGAGGACAGUCCGCCCCGGUUGACAGUCGCGCCGGGGGCAGGGGGCCCCGUCCCUGCCUCGUGGGCAGAGAGGGCGCAGCGGGCACUCGUUCCACGGCCCCGGGAAGCGGCGAGGUCCGGGCGGGGGGUCGCUGUAAAGCACGCCGCCGAGACGGCGUGCCACCUUCGCCCCGAGCCUUUCCUGGCCGACACCAGAGCCGGUCGCGGCGCACCGCCGCGGAGGAAGUGCGCUCGGCGGGGGCCGGCGACACCCGGGGAGAGGUCCCACGAGGGGAUCCUCCCAGCACCGGGCGGCCGUCCCUUGCCCGCCGAGUUGAAUCCCCCGGGCAGACUGCGCGGACCCCACCCGUUUACCUCUUAA